AUGCAGGUGGCUGUGGUGGCAGCAGACCUGCUGUUGCUCCUGAGCGUGGCAUGGCUGUCAGACUCUCUCUGCUCACCCACCAUUUUCUACAGAGACUGCUGGAUCUGCCGAUUCCCAGGUCUGCUCAUUGAGCUGCAGGAAUCUCAGAAGCUGGGAGCCCAGUUCUUGAAGUAUUACUCUGAGAGCACUGGCCAGAAGUGCAGCAGGAACUGCUGUCUUAGGAAGGACAUUUCCUGUAACCUGGCUGUUUUCUUCCAUGAUCCGAUUCAUGACAAUGUCAACUGCCUCCACAUCCACUGUCCCACGUUGGAGAGCUGCAUAUUAGAGCCUGGAACCGGUGCCAUUCUGUACAACAUAACAGAUGGUAAAGAUCCAGAUUUGCUGGUUUUUGAGCAAUCAUCUCCCUUUGAUCUAAAUACCCACUCUUCAUCUGGUAGGUGGGACAGACUAAGGAUCCUAAAAGCUAUGAAUUUAGACAAACAACAAACCACCAUGCUCAACUACAUGCUGCCAUCAAUAGAGCCUCCAUCAUCAACUACACAUCAAGAUUUGGUUGCAAACACAAACAAUACUGGUUACAAGGAAUUAACCACAGAUUUGGGGGCAAAAUUCAUUUCCCUAAAUGACCCCAUUACCACCAAAGUAAAUAAGGAAUCACCAAGUACUGACUUCAUCAACAAUCCAAACAAUGAAACUAUUUCUCCUUUGCCCACAGACACAAAACGUUCUCAUGUGCCUAUCCCAUCCGGACUCAACAGUAGCAAACAAUUACUGAACAAGACCAAGGGGUCCAACAGCAGAAAUCACACAUCUGAAAAUGAAGAUGAGACACCUGGUGGGGCAUCUGUGACCUCAAAGACCUGGCUGGCUUCUCUGGCCUUGUGUACCGCUGUCAUCUUCCUUUGCUGUUGUGUAGUCAUCCUGGCAUUUGGAUGCUGUCGGAAGCAACAGGGCCAGUAUACACUAGGACAGAGAAAGUCAGGAUCGAGACAAAGUAAAAACUGCAAUACAUUGAGGCAGAACUCUUUAAAAGUUGGAGUGACGUUAUAACAUUUCAAGGGUUUCAUUUUCAGUUUUCUGUAAGCCAUGGGGAAUUUGGUUAAAAACAUAAUUAUCUAGGAUGUCCACUCCUACCAACCUCUAAAAAGGUCAAUGCUUAGUAAACAUAAGUCUCACUCCAGCAGUUGUCAUUUAGCCCCAUGUCAGAGACAGUUCUAAGUGCAUUAACUACCUGCACACUUACAACUCUGCAAGAUAGGUGGACUGUUAUUAACCAUUACCAUUGCAUAAUACUGUUAUCACACAAUUACUAUUGCAUUUGACAGAUGAGGAAACUGAGGUGAAGAGUGGGUAGGCAUCUUGGCUGAAGUCACACAGCUACAGUGAGGCCAGGAUUUAACCACAGGCAAUCUAGUUCAAAAGACUUAAAAAACCACUGCUAUUCCAAUAAACAUGACAUAAAAGAUGCCAUCGACAAGGUCAAAUUAUUGUCACGUAUCACUUUACUGAUUUGAGCCAAAGAGCAUUAUUAGCUACCAACUAAUCCAUAAGCAAAUGCUUCCUGAUUUUUAAGUUGGAUUGAUUAAUCCUUCUCAAUCCCAAUCCACCAUCCUUAUUUUCUAAAGCUGAGAUGCCUUUCUGAAACUGUGGUACUGAGCCUCUUGAGUUUUCCAUUGACUUCUGUUGAAUAAAGCUUGAGAAUUUUAGUAUGCAUCCUUUUCUUGUAUAGUUUACCCUGGUAUAAAUAUUAUCUCUACUUUUUUUGCAUCCAUCCAAAUCUUUUGUUGUUGUGGCAGUGCUGGAGAUCACGCCCAGGAUCUCCUGCAUACUAGGUGAAUGCCACACCAACCAAACCCCAUCUCCAGCCCUGCUCUGUCCACAUCUUCUAGCCCUUCAUCUCAUUCCUCAAAG